AUGUCACUGAUUCGUGUCUCCCGCCAGAAUUCAUCAUCCAUCUCAUUCUCUUUCGCCCUCCUCCUCACGCGCCGCCUUCACCGUGCUUCUUCCGCCGAAACAGUCUCCGUCUCGUCACGACUCCGAGACCGAUACAACUUUCAGCCACCACCGCCUAUAUCUGAAAACCCUGACCAGGAGAAGAAGAAGAAGCCGAAGCCGCAAUACCGUCCACCUUCGUCCCUGGAAGGUGUGAAGAAGGUGCACUCAGAUCUUCCGUUCGACUUCCGGUUCAGUUACACAGAGAGUAGUUCCAGCGUGAGGCCAAUUGGAUUGAGAGAACCCAAGUACUCACCGUUUGGUCCGGAUUGGUUGGACCGGGAAUGGACCGGAGUGUGUGCGCUGGCGGUAGACCCAAAGGUGGAGUCAGUGGAUGGAGUGGAGGAUCCGAAGCUGGAGGAGAAAAGGAGGAAAGUGAGGAAGAAGAUACAGGGGCCAUCGCUCACUGAAGCUGAAAGGAAGUUCGUGGUGGAGCUGUGUCAGAGGAACAAAACCAAAAGGCAAAUUAAUCUCGGGCGAGAUGGUUUGACUCACAACAUGCUCAAUGAUAUCUAUAAUCACUGGAAACACUCUGAAGCUGUUCGAGUCAAAUGUCUUGGAGUCCCGACUCUCGAUAUGAAGAACGUUAUCUUCCACCUUGAGGAUAAAACGUAUGGACAGGUGGUUUCUAAACACUGUGGUACCCUUGUGUUAUAUAGAGGUCGCAACUACGAUCCCAAGAAAAGGCCCAAGAUCCCUUUGAUGUUAUGGAAACCUCAUGAACCUGUGUAUCCUAGGCUGAUUAAAACAACUAUCGAUGGUCUAAGCAUCGAAGAGACCAAAGCAAUGAGAAAGAAAGGGCUUGCCGUUCCUGCCCUCACAAAACUCGCCAAGAAUGGCUAUUAUGGUAGUCUUGUUCCAAUGGUGAGAGACGCUUUCCUCGUAAGUGAAUUGGUACGGAUUGAUUGCUUGGGACUAGAGAAGAAGGAUUACAAGAAAAUUGGAGCAAAGCUUAGGGAUCUGGUCCCUUGCAUCCUGGUGACAUUUGAUAAGGAGCAAGUCGUGAUUUGGAGAGGUAAAGACUAUAGUCCACUUGAGGACGAAGAUGGAGAUUUUUCAUCCUUGAUUCCUCGCAAGUCUUGCAAGUCUUGCAUAGAGGAUAGACACUGA